AUGUAUGUAUGUAAAGAUGAUUAUCCCUCCCCCCCCCCAGGGUUCUCUCGGCUCCAGAGUAAGGAUGUGCUCCCGGUGGUGGUGGUGAGUCUGGUUCCUCCGGUCCUGGUGGCCCUGGUCGCUGCCGCCGCCUUCUACUUCUACCGGACGCACCGGCCAGAUAAACCCCGCCCGCCUCCUGCUCGCCCCGCAUGGCCCACCAAGCGUACCCCCGAUCUGUACCAGGCCUUCGGAGAGGGGGGGUGGAGGCUGAGGAUGGGAACUGAAACAGGUAAGGGUCAUCCUCCCAACGACGACAUGCUCUCCGAUGUGACGGACUGGCGGGACCAUCAACUGGAACCCCUGCCCAUCAAACUGGAGGUGCUGGUGGGGAAGGGCAGGUUUGCGGAGGUGUGGAAGGCAUGUCUUCUGGAGGGCCGGGUGGGCGGAGUUAACUGCUACGAGACGGUAGCGGUGAAGGUGUUUCCCGCCGUAGAGUUCGCCUCCUGGAGAAACGAGUGCUACAUCUUCUCCGACCCGACGCUGCAGCACGAUAACGUGGUUCGGUUCCUGGCGGCCGAAGAGAGGGGGCCGCCGGGACACAGGAAGUACUGGCUGGUGUUGGCCUAUCACAGCAUGGGGAACCUGCAGGACUUCCUGUCUGCUCACACUCUGAGCUGGGAGGAGCUGGUGUGCAUGGCAGGAAGCAUCGCCAGAGGGUUAGCUCACCUGCAUAGCGACACCACGCCCAGCGGGGUGCCAAAGGUGCCGGUUGCCCACCGGGACCUGAAGAGCAGUAACCUGGUGGUGAAGAGCAGGAGGGAGUGCGCUCUGGUGGACUUCGGUCUGGCGCUGAGACUCGACCUCUCGCUCACCGUGGACGUCUUCGCCAACAGCGGACAGGUGGGCACCGCCCGCUACAUGGCUCCGGAGGUGCUGGAGUCCAGAGUGAACCUGGAGGACCUGGAGGCCUUCAAACAGAUGGACGUCUACUCCAUGUCUCUGGUUCACUGGGAGAUGGCCUCCCGCUGCCAGGCCAUCGGAGAGGUGAAGAGCUACGAGCCGGCGUUUGGCUCCCAGGUGUGUGAGCAGCCCUGUGUGGACAGCAUGAGGGAUCUGGUGCUGAGGGACCGAGGACGACCCGACAUCCCGACAGCCUGGACCCAGAACCAGGGGAUGAGCGUCUUCUGCUCCACCAUCACUGAGUGCUGGGAUCACGACCCCGAGGCCCGGCUGACGGCUCACUGCGUGGUGGAGAGACUCACCGUCCUGGAGGAAGAGGAAGAGGAGGAAGGACAGGAAGGAGAGGAGGUACCGGAUAGAGAGGAAGACGUAGAGACAGAAAAGGACUCAGAAAAAGAAGACAAUGACCAGCGUCCGUCCUCCUCUUCCUCCUCCUCCUCCUCCCUACAGAUCCCUCAGACAGGGGAGGUAUCCCAUGAUUCCCUGGGAAACACUCGGUCUGCGGUGUGAGUGCACAUGGAUGUAUAAAGAGAACUGGAAACAGCGUUGGAGGCGGGACCUCGUUCAUUCCUAGUAGAACUGCUCAGUGGCGUGUGAAGACAGAACGUCCUGACGCUCUCCAGAGCAAAGCGCCAUAACACGACCCAUAUGUGGGAAGAUUGAGCCAUCAGUCCAUCCUCUCGAGAGCUCAGAUGUUCUUAAGCCCCGCCUCCUGUCAUUCAAUUCAGAUGAGUGGAGAGAGAAAAUAACUCUGGAUUCAGCUUUUAGUGCAGUUUAUAACUUUUAUAAACCCAAUGAUUUAAAUAAGGUGUAAGAGCCAUUUUAAUGCAAGGUCAUGUUUGGGUUGAAACAAUUGUGUGUUAUUCACUGUGUGUGCCAUAGGGUGUCGCUGUGCUAUUACCUACGGCCAUAUAAGGUGUGUGUUGUCACAGGAUUGGGUGUGUCUGGGCAUUUGGUUUUUGACCGCCGCAGCAGUGUGUGAGUACCGCAACGAUUGUAUGUUCGGGCCUACCGAUUCAUCAUUGAAGACAACAACAACAACAGAGCUAUCCACACAGCAUGCAUGAGAGAAACAAAUGCGUCAGUUCCGAGAAAAACGUACGGCCACUUUUGGGGGAAAACAACGCUGUCAUUAGUACGGCGGUCAAUUCAAAUUCUGAAGUUUUUGCCAAUCCGA